AUGCGGCAGCAGCAGCAGCAGCACAAGCAGCAGCAGCAUCUGCUGCUGCUGCUGCUGCUGCUGCUGUCAGCUCUAUAUCGCCCAUGUGCUGCUGAAGUUGCUGCAGCAUGGGCCCCGCACCCGCAGCAGCAGCAGCAGCAGCAGCAGCAGCAGCAGCAACAGCAGCAGCACCACGUUGAUAAGCAGCAGCAGUAUCUUCAAGAUGAACGUACACAGCCAGAACAAGAGCAGCAAGAACAACACCAACAGCAGCAGCACCAGCAUCAACAACAGCAACAACAGCAGCAGCAGCAGCAGCAGCAGCAGCAGCAUGAGCUGCUGCUAGAAGAUUUUUUUAAAGGAACAGCAGCAAAGAACCGUUUUGCUGUUGUUGUUUCUUCAUCGUCACACUGGUUAAACUAUCGGCACACCUCAAAUGCACUUUCUUUUUAUACGACCUUAAAACAGCAGGGUUUAUCUGAUGAUAAUAUUAUUUUGAUGAUUGCUGCAGAUGACGGCCCCUGCAGCUCUAAAAACCCUCUUCCUGCUGGGGUGUAUAGGCACCUCAAUAAAGAACAAAAUCUCUUCGGUGGUCAUGAUAUAUGUGCAUUUAAACUCCAGCAGCAAAUGAAGCAGCAGCAGCAGCAGCAGCAAAUGCAGCAGCAGCAGAAGACAGAAGAUGAAGGCGAAUUAUUAUCAGGAUGCAGCAUCGGAAGCUUAGGCUGGUCAGGUGUAAGCAUAGAUUAUAUAGGUGAAGAGGUCUCAGCAUUGAGUUUAAUAAAAGUUUUACUCGGUAUACAUGCUGCCUAUACACCCGAAAAUAAACGCUUAAAAACAAAUGCAGCAAGUAACGUCGUUGUAUUUGUUGCGGGACACGGCGGCGAUGAGUUCUUAAAGUUUAAAGACUGGGAUUUGCUGCUGCAGCAGCAGCUUGCUGCUGCAGUGCAGCAAAUGCAGCAGCUUAAACGCUUUUAUAAUAUGCUUCUAAUAGCAGAAACAUGUCAGGCUGCUACUCUUCUUCAAGCUGUGCAUACACCGCAAGUUUUAAGGAUAUCUUCUUCAUUAAAAGGCCAAAGCAGUUACUCAUUUCUUACCGAUUCUUUUUUAGGUGUUGCAUUAAUAGACCGUUGGAGUUACUCAGUAAUUAACUUCUUUAAUCAAGCAGCUAACUCCGAUCUUGCUGCUGUUGCUGCUGCUGCUGCUGCUGCUGAGCAAGAGCAGCAGCAGCAACCUAUGCAGAUGCUGCAGCAGCAGCAGGAAACAGAGCGAAAUGAAUUACAUACUGCUAUCACCAGCAGCAGCAACAGCAGCAGCAGCAGCAGGAGGCGUCCUCGCCGCCACCGCCGCCGCAGCAACCGCAGCAGCAGCAGCAGCAGCAGCAGCAGCAGGUUAGGUGUGGGGCGUCUGCUGCCAGCGUUUAUAGAUUUGUUUGAUAGCUUUGAUUACUCAUUUUUAAUGUCUUCAAUGGGUGUAGAAGAAGCAGCAAAUAAUAUUAAAGGGUCUUCAUUAACAAGUAAACCUCUUUCAUUCUUCUUUUCUAGCAGAGACACGCCGCAGCACUUUAGCUUCUCUUAUCCCUCAGCUCAGACAGUCCCUGCUGCUGCUGCUGCUGCUGCUGAUGCUGAUGCUGAUGUUGCUGCUGCUGGUGGUGGUGGUGAGGGAGAGGCAGCAAAAAGGAUAGGAGGCAUGCAGCAGCAGCAAAAGCAAAAGCAGCAGCAGCAAGAGCUGUUGCUGCAGCAACUCAUGCUGCAGCAGCAGCAGCAGCAGCUGCAGCAGGAGCCGCUGCUGCUGUGGCAGUCAGCGCCUCUCAGGGUUUACCCCCUACUCCACUCGGUUAUACAGCCGCAUCAGCAGCAGCAGCAGCAGCAGGAGGAGCAGCAGCAGCUGCUGCAGCAGCUGCUGCUGCUGCUUGAUCCGAAAGUGCUGCAGUCGUUUGCUGUCCUGCUAGCAGGAGCCGUUUGUCUCGCAACCGCUGCAGCCAUGUAA